GGAUUGGAGGAGCUCCGCCAGAAUUGCUGCUUCUGCCCUUUCAGAUUCGUCUUCUGUGUGCUGAAUCGGCCGUCCGACUUCUUUCUCCCCACCCGACCGAGGGACCUGAGGGGGACACACCGUCCUGAUCACCGGGGAGGUCGGGGCAUCGGGAGGCAGCUGGCCAGAGAGUUCUCCAGGCAAGGAGCUAAGAAGAUCAUCAUUUGGGGUCGGACGGAGAAGUGUCUGAAGGAAGCCACGGAGGAGAUCAGGCAGAUGGGCACAGACUGCCACUAUUUUAUCUGUGAUGUUGGUAACAGAGAGGAAGUCUACCAGCAAGCCAAAUCUGUGCGAGAAAAGGUUGGUGAUGUCACCAUCUUGGUGAAUAACGCGGCGGUGGUCCACGGGAAGAGUCUGAUGGACAGUGAUGAUGACGCUCUUCUGAAGUCCCAACACAUAAAUACACUGGGACAGUUCUGGGUAGGUCUUCCUCCCUCCAUAGUUUAUUCCUAGGGCCCCUUCCAUGGAGACCUUCCCAGCAGCAGAACCUAGGGCCCCUUCCAUGGAGACCUUCCCAGCAGCAGAACUUAGGGCCCCUUCCGUGGAGACAUUCCCAGCAGCAGAACCUAGGGCCCCUUCCGUGGAGACCUUCCCAGCAGCAGAACUUAGGGCCCCUUCCGUGGAGACCUUCCCAGCAGCAGAACCUAGGGCCCCUUCCGUGGAGACCUUCCCAGCAGCUUCCCACCUUUGAAGCCUGAGACGGUGGCCAGGAGGACAGUAGAAGCUGUUCAGAAGAACCACGCUCUCCUAUUACUCCCGUGGACAAUGCACAUCCUUGUUAUCUUGAAGAGUGUCCUCCCUCAGGCAGCACUUGAAGAAAUCCACCGGUUCUCCGGCUCCUACACAUGUAUGAACACCUUCAAAGGACGAACAUAG